AGUUCCUAUUCAAAAUGACGAAGGGAACCGGAUCUUUCGGAAAACGCCACAACAAGUCGCACGUUCUGUGCAGACGCUGCGGCCGCCGAUCCCUCCACGUCCAGAAGCACACUUGCUCGUCAUGCGGAUACCCAGCAGCAAAGAUUAGAGGAUACAACUGGUCCGAGAAGGCCAAGAGACGGAAGACCACUGGAUCCGGACGCAUGCGUUACCUCAAGACCGUUUCCCGCAAGUUCAAGAACGGCUUCCAGACCGGUGUCCCCAAGGACUCGAGGGGCCCAGCGGCGGCGCCCAAGACCGAGUAAGGGAGUUACAUUAUGGCAUGAUGGGAUUGUGGACGGAGUGAUUGGGGAUCGAUAGGUGCCUGCUUGUGUUAUUCCUCGACAAAUAAAGGAGCUACUAGCAAAUGCCAUCAAUUGCAAUACGUCAAGAUCUGGCAGAGUGCGUGAAUGAUUCGAGCCCAUACCUAUCGUCUUUCGCGAUCGACAGAUCUGGUCAUACAGAUACGACAGAUACGACGGUCCCAGGCAGGACAUUUAGAUGAACGCCUUUGUUUCUAACCAUAUAUCACGGGCUCGUUGGACGUGGUAUUAUGUAUUCUAUCCAAAUUACAUACGGGUUCCGAUUCUCCCUCAGAUAUCCAUUAUUGUCCUCUUUCAAACACCUUGACAGCACUGUCACCUCCCACAAAAUAUAGGAGUUCUCUUGCCUCCGCUUUCUGCUCAGUUUGGCCCCUACCCUCAGCAUCUCCUGUCGUAAUCCGGCACACCCCACUUACAUCCCUUGCUGUUCCUGUAUCCAGAAGCCUUAACGACAUCACUAGAUCUGCAUGGUGCGCAAGAC